AUGAUCCAACUGGUUGUUGUGUCCAGGCACAUGAACCGUGUUGGGCAGAUGUUGGGCAUCCAGCUUGGAAACUCAACAGGGGCCAUUUUCACUUGCAUCCUGGCAGCAGGAAGUCUCAUCAGUAUCGGCAUGAGCUUCUUCGGAUCGUGGGUGCUGGCAUUGAUCCUGCUGGCCCUGAUGCCCAUCUGCGGAUUCCUGGGCCUUGCAGUCGCUGCCUGUGCCACCCGUGUGGAGCAGAGAGGAGAGGCGGCUUAUGGUAAGGCGGGCAAGGAGACGGCGGAGGCAGCGACGGCCAUCCGCACCGUGAGGGCUUUGGGAGCUGAAGAGUACACCCUGGAAAUCAUCGAUGAGUCGUUGGAUGUCUUGACCGAAGUGAACACCUCGAAGUCCUGGAAGCUCGGGAUCUCCCUUGGCAUGAACAUGUGCCUGAUCCAGGUUAUCUAUCUCGCAGGAUUUGCUAUGAGCGCGGCGUGCAUUCAGUAUUGGAACUUCGAUGCACACCAGGUGCUCCUCACGCUCUUCUGCGUCGUGUUCGGUGUGAUGUCUGUGAGCUCCAUCGUGCAGUACAUCCCAGACUCCGCAUCGGGCCACCAUGCCGCCGUGGAGGUCUUCCGCCUCAUCGACCAGGUUUCCAAGAUCGAUGCCACGCAGCCCACCGGGCGCAUCGAGAGCAUCGGUGAUGGCAACAUUGAGUUCAAGGACGUCUACUUCUGGUACCCUCAUCGCCCCGAGGUGAGAGUGCUCAAGAAGCUCAACUUCAAGAUUGAGAAGGGUCAGGCAGUCGCCUUGGUGGGCUUCUCUGGAAGUGGCAAGUCCACCGUGAUCCAGCUUCUGCAGCGGUUCUACGACCCACAGGCCGGUUCCAUCCAAGUGGGUGGCCAGAACUUGCGCGAUUUGAAUGUGGCGUGGUGGCGUAAGCAGGUUGGCAUGGUGGGACAAGAGCCCGUGCUCUUCGAUGUGACCCUGGAAGAGAACGUGAGAUAUGGCAAUCCGGAGGCCACAGAAGAGCAGGUAACAGAUGCAGCUAGGGCGGCAAACAUGGAUUUUGUCAUCGCCGGAAAUGUGAAGUGGACGGAUCGGGUCGGGCUUCGGGGAGAGAAGCUGUCGGGCGGACAGAAGCAGCGCGUCGCCAUUGCCCGCGCAUUGCUCCGGCGACCCCAGUUCAUGCUUCUCGAUGAGGCGACGUCGGCGCUUGACUCGACCUCCGAGCGCUUGGUGCAGCUGGCGAUGCAGGAGGCCAGGGUCGGCAAGACCACAAUCACCGUGGCCCACCGCCUUUCCACGAUUCAGAACUCAGACAAGAUCUUCGUUAUGGCCAACGGCCGGGUCGUGGAAUCUGGCACCUAUUCCGAGCUGAUCAACAUGGAUGGAAGCUUCGCCAAGCUGGCGGCCCGCAGUUUGUAA